AUGGCAGAGUUUGAGGUACUAACAGAAGGUUGCAUUGCCUCCAUACUCUCUCAUACCAAACCAAUUGACGCAUGCCGACUCUCCCUCGUUUCUAAAACUUUUCGUUCUGCGGCCAACUCCGACACUGUCUGGAAUAAAUUUCUCCAGUCCGAUACUCCAUUUAUUAACUAUGUCUUUUCACAUUCUCCAACCCUUGCCAACUUCCCUACAAAAAAGGCUCUCUACAUGUUUCUAUGUGAUCACCCUAUUAUCAUCGAUCAUGGUGAAAAGAGCUUUCAUUUGGAGAGAAAGAAUGGGAGAAAGUGUUUCAUGCUUGCUCCCAAAUCUCUUUAUAUUGAAUGGACUACCAUACCUGAUUCCAGAUUCCCUGAAAUCCUUAAGUUUUGUCAUGUUUGUAUGCAUAAAAUUCAUGAGCUUGUGUUCAAGAAGACUGAUGAAUGGUUAGUUAAGCACGAACCUGUCAAGUUUUUAGUUAGUGUCCAAAGUGGCCAUAGUCUCGGGGUGAAUCCAUUUGAGGAAUGGCAACAUCAUAGUGUGAGAAGAGAUGGGUGGCUGGAAACAAAGCUGGGGAUCGACUACAAUUUUGGCAUAGAAAAUGAACAAGUACAUAUCCGUGUUUUGGAGAUUAGGGGCUGUAAUUGGACUAGUAGUCUCUCUCUUCAAGGAAUAGAAAUUAGGCCAUAUCAAUUUUAA